AACCCUCCGUUCCUGAAUAUCUGUAUUACAAACCUCAUACUGGAGAGAGAGUUCGUUUUCUCUCACUGUACUGUUCAUACCUGUUUCUUGUGUAAAAAAAAAUAAACAUAAAAAUUUUGCAUUUAAAGAUGUCGAAUGCUCCUUUCAGAUGAAUAAAUCUAAGCAGAAAAAAUGUAAACUCUCUGAGGAGCAGAAGAAAGAGAAAGUUGCUGCUGCUCUUCUACGAAAGAAGAGCUGCGAGGAGAAAGCUCUGUCUAUUGUUAUUAGGUUAACGGAUGAGACUGUGAGUAAGGAUUGGUUCCGUGAAGCUACAGCUCAUAUUAACCAGGAGUACUAUGAUGAUAUAUGCACGGAGCGGAGUAUCAUCAAGGUCUGCGGAUAUCCGGUUUGUCCGAACCCUAUCCUGAAAGUCUCACCAGCAAAGUUCCACAUUUCUUUAAGAGAUAAGAAAGUUUAUGAUACAGAGGAGAGGAAGAAGUUCUGCAGUGGAACCUGCUUUAAAGCUUCAAACUUUCUCCGGAACCAACUUGAUAAAUCUCCUCUCUGGAUUAGAGAUGGUACAAGAGACACGGUUAAACUCCUGGAUGAUGCUCCGGGUAUAAAACUAGAAGGUUCUGGUAAGGGGGAGAUAAUACCUCUUGUUGUAACUGUCGAUCUUCCUCCUGAAGAUGAUCCGGAGAAACAGGUCGUUAUUGUCGUCAACGACGAGGAGGACCGGGAUGGAGAAGAUAUUGUUAAAUCAAGUUUAAAAUCUAGUGAUACAAAGUCCUCGAAUGAGAAGAGACAGGUUCGGUUCAACUCUGAGAUCUCCGGAGUAAAAAAUCAGGUUGUUGAACACAACACGACAACCUUGAUACCGGGAGAAAUUCAUUCAAAACCUGUAAUUACACAAUCAUCGACUUUAAAAAUUGAAAAACCUGAAGAUGUGAUAAAAAGAACUUUGUCCGAAUGGAUUACAGAGAAAACUGUUCAACUCCUGCAGGGUUCGGAUUCAGACCUGGAGUCGGACGAAGAGUUGGAAGAACUUCUGGAAAGGACGGAGAAGUUAGGAAUCGAAGCUAAAAAGUUUGAGAUAAACCCGGAGUUGUUGCUUGAAACCGCAGUAUUCCGGAGUAAAUACAACGCGUUCCUUCACGGAAAAGAAGUUUAUGAAGAAAAUAUAGAAAUCAAGGAGAAGGAGGUUGAAGAUGAUCAGAACGAACCCCGUCUUCCCCUCCUAGAUCAGCAUUCACAAACCCAACUCAGGAUUAGAAUAGUUUUGGAUCAACUAGACCGCUAUCUACCAGGGGUACUGGAUCUGUUCUCCGUUCCGUCCCGGGUAAUACAGGAGCCGCUCCGGGAGCUGGUUAGAACCUUCUCACUCUCAGCAACUAACAUCACAUUCAAACCUGAAGAAUGGAGAUUACUCUCAGUAAUGCUUAUUCACAUGACAUCCACGUUGAAAGAGGAAUUGACAGAUAGAAUACGGAGUAAGGACGGAGUUCAAACAAUGACUGUUCUUCUUCAACAUUUUCUCCUCGACCCUAGUUUUCCUGAAACUACUCUUUCAAAUGUGAUCCAGAACCUUGAUAAGAAAACAGAUAAUAAAUAAAAUUACAGUAUUUAUUAAA